AUGAGAAAAAUUUUUCAAUAUUUAUUUUUAUUUUACAUUAUACAAAUAGUUCAAUCAAAAUCAGUUAAAAAAUACGAUGAAUGUGAUCGAUUCCUUACUGUAUAUGAUUGUUAUUAUUUUCCAUGCUUAGAUGCCCAUUAUUCAUGUGGUAGUAAUGGUCAUUUAGUAAGAUUUACUUAUGAUUUCUGCAUAUUACCAACAAGUAAAUAUUCUAAGAAUUUAACAGAAAAUGCAAUUUUUUAUUUUAAUCAUACAAAUAUAUGUGCCAUGACAUCUUUAAAUGAUCAAUUAGUUGAAGAAAGAAUUUCUGGAAUAUUUACAUGUGCUCAUUUACAUGCAAUGAUAUUUAAAAUUUAUUUAGAGUGUUUUCAAAAUGAUCAACGAGAAAAUAAAAUGAUUAAAAUAAUUGAUUUUUGUUCGAUUAUAUGUGAAAAUUUACAAACAAUGAUUGAUUUAUUUUUACACUUAAAUGAAGCUCAUUUUAAUGUACUUUCAUUACUUUUGGAAACAGGCAAAAAUUGUGGUGCACAAAUUAAUGACGCAGUACUGCAUACAAUACCUUCUGCGCUUAUAGCAAUUUGUCUUGAUAGAAAAAAUGUACAUUUAGAACAGGAGAUUACUGAAGUUAUGUUCAAUCCAAGAUUUGAAACGAGCGAUUACGAAUGGACAUAA